UAAAAAAAAAGAUCGAGUAAAUAUUUUUCAGGCUAAAAAUUAAACAAUAAACCGGGUUUUUGCGUAUUUUAUGUGAAAAUGUGUAUAUGAAGAGUUGAAUAAUAAUAAUGCUGUAACAAAAAGAGCAGUAUAAUAAGACAGAAACGUCUCAAGCCAAGCCACCUGCCACACUCGCCAUGGGUCCAUGUUGUGUAGAAGGCUGUGAAAUUACAAACGAAGAAACUUUCUAUUUCGAGUUCCCAACGAGCCGUACGUUGCGUCGGAAAUGGUUGGAGCUGAUCCCUAUCCCCGGCAAGCUGUUAUUAGGCACGGUCGUCUGCAGCCGACACUUUAGCACCACGGAUUACGAAAAUGUUAGGGGUAAAGUGCGACUUAAGAGCAAGGUGGUACCUAGUCUGCUAUUGGAUGUUAAGAAAACGCCCCCAAAUGACAAACCCCCCAACGAAAUCACGUCAACAGCUCCAACAAAAGAAGACAAACAAAAAUCACCGUCACCAGCUAAAUCACCAAUUAAAGCUAAAUCACCAUCACCAGUAAAAGAACUAACCAAAUCACACACAGAACAGGACAGUUCACCCACAGAAAAAAACAAAUCACUUACAAAACGGGCCAGAACGUCCAUACAACAAGAUAAAGCCAGAACACCCAUAAAACGGGACAGAUCAUCCAAAGAACGGGACCGAUCACCCACACAACGGGAUAGAUCACCCACACAACAGGACAGAUCACCCACUCAUGGGGACAGAUCACCUACUCAACGGGACGUAUCACCCACGGAACGGGACAGGUCACCCAUACAACCACAAAAGUCCAGAACCCCGUCCCCUACGCAGCCAGAGACAUGUGAGGUCCCUUCUCUGGUGGACGCUGAGAAAAUGAUCGAUGACUUGCAAAGGGAAGCUUUGUCCAAUAAAACUAAAGUUGGGAAUAAACAAAAUGGCGUUAGCAAUGAUCGCGUGGCUGUUGUACAGAGUGCACCCACAGCUCCCCCAGCACCCCCACCGCCACCAAUAGACCACAAAGAGGACAUAGAAGACAUGAUAACGAACUACCACAUCAAGAACAAGGUGCCGAACCCCGCCCUCCUGGCAGACCUGGCCCCCGUAGAGACAGAUCCCCAACCACAGGCCUCGGAGACCAUAGAAAUUGAAGACGCGAAGGAAGCUGAGCCUGUGUUCAUUGAGCUUUCUGUUGGAAAAGAUGGAAGUGCGGUAGGCGGUGGCAAUGAAGACUGCCUGAUGGUGCUGGAGAGCGUCCAGGUGGACGUGGACCCCAGCACUCUACUCCUAGCCCACGAUGAUGACUAUUAUCGAGAUGAAGACGAAUCCAAGGAUGAAAACAGGAAAGACGACCCGAUCAGCCUGCUAACCUCAAGCGAUGAAGAUGACGUCAUACUCCAGGAACCACACAUCGACACAGUCGAGGUAUCAGACGAAACGGACGAGGAUGACAAACCACUAGUCACCCUCGUCAAAAACAAACCAACAAAGAAAAUGAAGGUUUUGAAGAAAAAAUCCAAAGACAGAAGAAAGUUUAGAUGGAGCAUGUGUGACUUUUAUUGUGUGCAGUGCCAUUAUAGUACUAAUAAUAGUCUGGAUUAUAAUAAGCACCUGUCCACGCACUCCACCGUACUCCAAGUCUGUUCCAUUUGCAGCUACACGUCGGCAAGUAAGUCCAAUUUUGCUAGACACACUAGAAACCAUAAGGUCGAAAAAAAAUUCAAGUGCCACCUCUGUGAAUACAAAGCGAGACAUAAAAUGAGCCUUAUCUACCAUCUCAAAAGCCACGAUCCGCAAGAAAUAAACGCAACAUCAACGUUAGAUAAUUUCAUCUGCAAGAAUUGUAACUUUAAGUCCAGGGAUAAGGUCAAAAUUUUUGGACAUUUGCAAAAUUGCGACCGGAUUAAAAGGCAUUGCUGUGAUAAUUGUGACUAUGUGACUAAGAAGCGAAGUGAUUUGAAGCGGCAUAGGGCGAGGAAGCAUCCUGAGGAGUGCGAUGAUGAUGAUAUGGAAUAUGUACCUAAAUCCAAUGGGGAUAAGACUGCUGUUAGGUUAGUAGAGUAAAGUAGAGAAGAAUGGAGAAAGAUUGUCAUGAAUGGAUAAUUUAAUUAUUACGUUUUCGACUUACGUAACUGUUUGACGAGGAACUUGACUAGUUUACAGUAGCUGCGCGACAGUCACCGUGUCGUGUAUAGCGGAUUACUGCUCAUGAAUAUGAGCCUCUAGCAUAGCUUGGAACUAGUCGAGUUCCUCGUUCAGUCUUGUAAAUGAUGACUAAGCCGAAAAUGUAGCAAUUAAUUUUGUAUGUGUCCCAAAAGUUUUAAUAAUAAACGGUAGAUCAUUAGUAUCGAGAGUGGGAACAUUAUGGUGUUUUGUGUGUCUGGUACAUACAUGCGUACAAUUCCAAUUUAGUUUCAGCAUAAUAUAAGCUCAUAUUAAGUCUCGAUUAACUCAAAAUGUGUUGAAAUUCCAUUUAUGUAUAUUGCCAAAAUUUAUGUACGUGCAAAACUCUCGGACGACUUGAUUUUUCAAAUCCUUUUGUCGAUAAUAAAACGUAAUUUUUUAAGUAAUUGCCUUAUAUUUGUUGGUAGCUGACGGUCUUGUAUUGCAGACUUCAAUUAACUUGACUAUAUUUUCAUGGACAAGUUGCUGUACGAUCGUAAUCUCCCGCAGUGCCGUGAUCGGGAAGCCUUCUGUCUCCUUAUCCGUCAUUAUUCGUUUUAAGGCUAUAAAAUUGUUUGUACUCUUACAAAUGGAGUGGCUAGGUCGAGCUUUAAAUACCUCUCCGAAGGUGCCUUGCCCGAUCUUCACCAGUUUUUCGUAUUCGAAUGAUGCGUUGGAUUCCAAAGAGUGGGUUCUGGUAACGUAUUGGUAUACGUCUUCUCUCGUUGUUGUGGUUUUUUUCAUUGUUUCUUGAGUGUAUUUUGGAUUCAUUGUAUAUAAUUUGCUAACACAAACACACGCAGAAUUAUUUAUUUUGAAUUUAAAUUGUUAUUCGUCACUAAAUCGCCACUUCACAAUAUAAAGGUACCUUGCCCGAUCUUCACCAGUUUUUCAUAUUUGAACGAUACGUCAGAUUCCAAGGAGUGGGUUCUUGUAACGUAUUGGUAUAUGUCUUCCCUCGUAUUUUUGUGUUUUUUUUCACUGUUCCUUGCAUGUGUCUUGGAUUAUUUUAUCACGAAUAUUUUUAAUUAAAAUUUUAAAGUUGGAUCUUGGAAGUGACUUGUAUUUUGCGGUUGUAUGCAACCUUUAUCAAUUCAUCUGUCUACCUUCUGCUGACGCCCUGAGUCCCGAUCCGUCAGGAUUCGUUUUAAGGCUACAAAAUUUUUUGUACUCUUACAAAUCGAGUGGCUAGGUCGUGCUUUAAAUACCUCUCCGAAGGUGCCUUGCCCGAUCUUCACCAGUUCUUCGUAUGCGAAUGAUGAGUCGGAUUCCAAGGAGUGGGUUCUGGUAACGUAUUCGUAUACGUCUUCUCUCGUAUAUUUGUGUAUGUUUUUUCCUUUUUGCUUGGAAUAUUUUAUCACGAAUAUAUUUUACUAACACAAAUACGUGUAAUUGUUUAUUUUUAAUUAAAAUUUUGAAGUUGCAUUCUGCCGUUGUAUGCAACCUUUAUCAAUUCAUCUGUCUACCUUCUGCUGACGCCCUGAGCUGUGCUUGCAGGUAAGUGAUCUCCUUUCGAGAACCUGUGUUUGUCUCAUUAGUGAU